ACCAUCUUAUUCGUCGUAUUCAUUCACCCAAAAUGUCCCGUUUGAGCUUGGCUGUUCUUCUGUUUGGUUUGGUGGGCGCUGCUUUCGGAGGUGUCCUCCCUGAUCAGUACGCUGACUGGGAAGGUUUCAUCGUCGGAGGAUCGAACGCUAACGCAGGUCAGUUCCCGUACCAGGUCUCGCUGCGUUCGGCUGCCAACGCUCACUUCUGCGGUGGUUCGAUCAUCAACAACAACUGGGUCCUGUCGGCUGCUCACUGUACCGUGGGAAGAACCACUGCCAACACGAUCGUCGUUGUCGGAACCCUGCUGUUGAACGCUGGUGGCGAACGUCACCCAUCGAGCCAGAUCAUCAACCAUCCAGGAUACAGCGCGCUCACGUUGGCCAACGAUGUUUCGGUCGUUCGCGUUGCCACUCCAUUCGUGUUCACCAGCACUGUUGCCCCAGUUGCCCUGGAGCAGAACUUUGUCGACUCUGCCACCAAUGCUCAGGCCUCCGGUUGGGGUCAGACCUCGAACCCAGGAUCGCUGCCGAACCACAUGCAGUGGGUCAACGUGAACAUCAUCACCCUUGCUGAGUGCCGUAGCCGACACAACGUAGUGAACGCUGCCCGUGUUCAUGACAAUACCAUCUGCUCUUCGAGCCCCACUGGCAUUGGAAUGUGCAUGGGAGAUUCCGGUGGCCCAUUGUCGCACGAUGGUCGCCAACAGGGUAUCGUAUCGUGGGGUAUUGCCUGCGCUCAAGGAUUCCCAGAUGUGUUCGCCCGUGUUUCGUCGCACCGUGCAUGGAUCUUGGAGAACACGGCCAACUGAAUAUUUCUUAGCCGGUCAUUUUUGCGUAGCUUAGUGAAUUGAAUAAAAAAAAUAAUUAUUUG